AUGUUAACAGGCAGAUUGGUUUCUCACCUAGCAACACCGGUUAUACCAACACUUCCAGAUACGAGAGUAGGGGUUAACACUUCGAAAUCCAAUUCAUCUGCUCACCCGUGGUUCAAAGGAAAGGUGUUUGAUCCAAAUUAUGUAAAACCAAAUCAGCAAAGCCAAAAUCAACCACACCCUUAUCACCCACCUUAUGCUAAUAGCCUGAACACUAGAAAUGGUGGAUACAGUAAUAAUUAUAACCACAAUGCUGGUAGUGGGUACGGGUUCCCGCAGAGUAGUGGUAGCGGAUAUGGUGGAUAUGGCGGAUAUGGAGGACCAAGUACGUCAGGAAGUAGUUACGGUGGAGGCGGAAAUGCUGGAGGUCCCGCUCGUCCGCAAAUCGGCCCUGGUAGUUUCACGAGAGGAAUGGGGAGCAGUAGAGGAGGAAACGGAGCUGGACCAAGUAAGAGUACCAACACGUCAAAGUAA